UUGCAGGCUGCAGUCGAGGCGCAGCAGCGAGAUCAGCUUGGCGAGGCUGCCGAGCUGUACCGGAUGGCGAUGGAGCUGCACCCACCACUGCAGGGCGCCUGGCCGGUGCUAACCAAUUACGGUCUCUCUUUGCAGCCCUCCGACCCGGCCAAGGCUGCGGACGCCUUCCGGAAGGCUGUCGAGCUGGCACCGGACGACAAGGCGAAGGCAGAUUCGCAAUUCAACCUCGCCAACGCGCUGACCGACGCGAGUCAGCCAGACGAGGCCGACGCGGCGUACGGGGCGUGUCUCGCUCUGGUGCCGGACGACGGCGGCGCCCACUACAACCGCGGCGCGCUGAGGUUGACGCGUGGCGACGCCAAGGGCGCGCUGCCUUGCAUGGAGGCGGCGGUGCGGCUGUCUCCGCAGGACGCAAAGGCGCACCUGGGCGUGGCGGACUGCAACAUGCGGCUCGGGCGCCCCGAGGAGGCGGAG